UUUCCUCUAACACCAGAAACAACAACAUGAAGAUAAGACUUCACAAAAAGAAAAAACCAAACCCACAUAGCAGACCCUCUUUCUCUCCCCAUCGUUAGUCCCUCCAUAGCUCAAAAACCUCCAUUAAAACCAUGUCUUGCUCAAAUUUAACAAUGUGGGUGUCCUCAAAACCUUCCCUUUCUGAUGCAUCUGCACUUUCCUUCCGUUCUUUCCUCAACCCUUUUCAGGUUCCUUCUCAUAACUCAACCUCUUGCAAUCCUUCUCGAUCUGUAACUCCAAUCCAUUGUGGUCUCCGUGAGCUCAGAGAGCGUAUUGAUUCUGUAAAGAACACACAGAAGAUCACUGAGGCUAUGAAGCUUGUUGCUGCUGCUAAAGUCAGGAGAGCACAAGAAGCUGUUGUUAAUGGCAGGCCUUUCUCAGAAACUCUUGUAGAAGUACUUUACAACAUCAAUGAGCAGCUACAAACUGAUGAUGUAGAUGUCCCUCUUACAAAGGUUAGGCCUGUCAAGAAGGUUGCUUUGGUUGUUGUCACUGGUGAUAGGGGUCUUUGUGGUAAUUUCAACAAUCUACUCAUCAAAAAAGCUGAGGCAAGGAUUGCUGAAUUGAAGAAUCUUGGUCUUGAUUAUACUGUUAUUAGUGUUGGUAAAAAGGGUAACUCUUACUUCCGCAGGAGGCCUUAUAUUCCGGUUGAUAAGUUUCUUGAGGGUGGUUCACUUCCUACUGCUAAAGAAGCUCAGGCUAUCGCUGAUGAUGUUUUCUCAUUCUUUGUUAGUGAGGAGGUUGAUAAAGUUGAGCUUUUGUACACCAAGUUUGUGUCUUUGGUUAAGUCUAGUCCAGUUAUUCAUACCUUGCUUCCACUCUCACCAAAGGGAGAGAUUUGUGAUAUAAAUGGAACAUGUGUGGAUGCUGCUGAGGAUGAGUUUUUCAGGCUAACAACUAGGGAGGGGAAAUUGACAGUGGAGAGAGAUGUUGUGAGGACUGAGACAGUAGAUUUCUCACCAAUUUUGCAGUUUGAGCAGGACCCAGUUCAGAUUCUUGAUGCUUUGUUGCCUCUCUAUUUGAACAGUCAGAUUUUGAGGGCAUUGCAGGAAUCACUAGCGAGUGAGCUUGCUGCUAGGAUGAGUGCCAUGAGCAGUGCAUCUGAUAAUGCAUCUGAGCUAAAGAAGUCCCUGUCUAUGGUCUACAAUAGGCAGCGCCAGGCCAAAAUUACAGGCGAGAUAUUGGAGAUUGUUGCUGGUGCCAAUGCUCAAAUCUAGUGAAACCCUGGUUCUUGUGUCCCCCACAGUUUGCUUCUUAGUAGGUACUUUUAUGGGGGUUUCUUAAUUUAUUCAAAUAUGCUUGUUUAAGAACAGUUAUUCAGAAUUUACACUUUUUCAUUGUAAUUCUCAUGCGUAUGAACUUUGUGCACAAUGAGAACUGCAAUGUAUUUUGGAACAUAGGAGCAAUAUUCUACUUUUUUUUUUUUUUUUAUGUCAUUUUUUUUUUCUACCAUUAUAAACUUGUAUUAUUUGAGAUUCUCAUUGCAUGGUACGCAGAGUUAUAAUCUAUGCAAUAACUGUACAUUGCUGUGUUAUUGCAGCUCUUAUU